AUGUUAGGCUGCAGGCAGCACACCAGGUUUAGCCUCUGCAUCAGCUCCAGGCUCACGUCCUCCUGGCCCAAGGUCUCUGCGAUGGAGCAGCAAUUUCUCCUGGACGUCGAAGCGCUGCAGAAGGCUGGGGAUUCCGCAGUCCGGGCUGCAGAGGACCAUCCCCCGCGGUCCCCGCUCUCCCCAGACUCUCCACCUCCGCUCUGCCUGCCUGUGGCACAGUCCUCCAGCCACCACAGCGAUGACCACCAGCCACUGCUCUGCAGUCCUUGCUGGCAGCUACCCUCGGUCUACCUGCAAUACCGAGCACUCUUAGCUGAGGCCCAGAGCCCCUCGGAAGAGAGCCCAGUGCCUCCCAGUGCAGGCCUCUUGCCAGGAGUCCCCGCAGGAGCGACCGAGUCUCCGGAGCACACCACCUCGCGCACACCACCUCCCGGGGGAUUCCCGGCCCUGCGGCCCAGCGCCCGUGCUGGGGAGGGACCGCUGGACACGGAGGCCUGGGACCCCUGGCAGCCUUCAGUGUGCAGUCCGCCCCCGGACCCCACCUGGUGGCGCCUGCACCUGCUUGGAGCGGGCUGCCUGCAGUGCAUCCUUCGUGCUGUCUCCUCUUUGAGCCGCUGGGCUGCUGACUGCUGGGCGACAGUCCUGGACCUGUAGGAGCCCCCAGACUGUGCGGGCGGGAGGGCGCCCUUGUGGACAAGAGGCCUGAAUCAAAU